AUGCCAAAUACGAGUAGCAAUAGUGAUGAAUACAACGAUGAACUUAUUUUUGAUAUAUUCGAAGAGUUGCUAAAUGAAGGUGACAGCAGAAGAACGUGCCAAGACAAAUCUUCUAUUGCCAAUAGCCUCCCAGUUCCUGUACAGGAAAUUAAGCAAGAAGUUGUCACGCCUACCGCCCCAGAGCCGAGUGUGUCAUUCAGUAAGUGCUUCAACAUCCCACAGCCUCAGAACAGCAGACAGUCUUCCCCUAGCAUUCCUAUAAACUCCAUGAGUAACAACACCUCUACCAGUCAGCAAUGGGCUAACAACAAUUGGCAGCAGGAGGGGAUUCAGACGCAGCAACAACAACAGGAGCGGCAACAACUACAGCGGCGACAGCUCCUCCAACAACAACAGCAACAGAAGCCAAAACAACUACUUCCACAACGAGUACAGCAACAGCAGUACCUGCCACGGCAGGACCAAAGUCUCCAGCAAGUAUGGCAACAGCAACAGCCCGUGGCAUCUCCCCAGGGACUCAAUCCACUACAAACCUAUCCACAGCAACAGCAGCCACACCCACCCUACACCCAGCCCCGACAGCCAUCGCAACAGCUGCAGCAACCGCCUGAGGCAUACCAACAACGGUAUCAACAGAAUCCGCGGUCUGGCCAGACCCAGCAGGGCUUCGGCAAUGAUCUCCUCUCGCUGCUCCAGCGAAAGGGUGACACAGGUUUUAGUGGCCAGCGUAAUAUUAGCAUCUCAACCGCACCUUUGCCUGACCUGGGUAAUGGCCUCGACGAAGAACUGAACAAACUCCCCAUGGCGAUAACAAGCCUGGCAAACCAAAUUAUCGAUAAUGGGUCUACUAUCGCGGGGGAAAAUCCUUCCAGCGAACUUAAUAAUUAUACAGGUAUGAUGUAA